AUGACGUUCAUCGAAGACGGCGAGGACGAGUACGCGUACCAGGCUAUGGUGACCAUCAACGGCCACCUGUUCAAGGGGUUCCUCUAUGACCAGGGCCCCGAUGACGGCCGUCACGCGGCCACCAGCAAAAAGGACUUCACCGCGGGGGUGCCCAACAUCUCGAAGUUCCACCUCGGAGCGGUGUCCGCUUCCAGUUCUGGUGGCAGCGGCGCUAUCAGGGAAGGCGGCUCCUUGAUGGUGCCCACGAAGCUAUACGGCAGCUGCGACGGAGGACAGCAUCACAUUCUCGGCGGGUCUGUCCAACUUCAUCCCAUCGUGGUGUGGUGUUAUUAG